UCUAGAAUCUUCCUAAAACCCACAAACACUCUUUGCAACAAAAAUGGCGCAAGAAAAUGCAUCAAAUUGCAUAUACCUAGCAACAUUCCUCAUCAUCUUCCUAACCAUAAUCUCAUCUUCCUCUGCUUGGGUUGGUGUAAACUGGGGAACAAUGACAACCCACCAACUUCCACCUAAGAAAGUUGUGAAGAUGCUUAAGGACAACGGGUUUCGAAAAUUGAAACUUUUUGAUGCUGAUGAUACCAUUUUGACAGCUCUAAUGGGUACUGAUAUCGAAGUUAUGGUUGCGAUUCCGAAUGUCAUGUUGAGCAAGAUUAGUAACAGUCCUAUGGAUGCUGAUUCUUGGGUUUAUGAGAAUGUUACUGCUUACUUGUUCAGAGGUGGUGUCAAUAUCAAGUAUGUUGCUGUGGGUAAUGAGCCUUUCCUCAAAGCAUACAAUGGUAGCUAUCUAAAUAAGACCCUUCCAGCUCUCAAGAAUAUACAGACUUCACUCAACAAUGCAGGGUUGGAAUCAAAGGUCAAAGUAACUGUUCCAUUUAAUGCUGACAUUUACUAUUCACCAGACUCAAAUCCAGUGCCAUCUGCAGGUGACUUCAGACCUGAAUUAAGAGACAUCACUAUUGAAAUAGUCCAGUUUCUAUAUUCAACCAACUCAACUUUUACGGUUAAUAUCUACCCUUUCCUUAGCCUUUACUAUGGACAAGAUAAUUUCCCGUUUGAUUUUGCAUUUUUUGAUGGAAAGAAUGAACCACUUCGAGACGGAAAAGCAGUUUACAACAAUGUGUUUGAUGCAAAUCUGGAUACCCUUAUGUGGGCUUUAGAAAAAGCAGGUUAUCCUGACUUGCAUGUUACAGUUGGUGAAGUUGGGUGGCCAACAGAUGGUGAUAAGAAUGCUAAUGCCAAAAAUGCAAAGAGGUUCAACCAAGGUUUCAUUAAACAUGCUCUGAGAGGUAAUGGUACACCAAAGAGAAAAGGCAUGAUGGAUUUUUAUCUAUUCAGUCUCAUUGAUGAGAAUGAUAAAAGUGUUGCUCCAGGCAACUUUGAGAGGCAUUGGGGGAUUUAUGAGUUUGAUGGAAAACCAAAGUAUGAAUUAGACAUAAGAGGAAAUCAUAAGGAAAAGGGUCUUGUUUCUGUUGAAGGGAUAAAGUACCUAGAAAAAAAAUGGUGUGUUUUGGAUCCAGAAGCUACUGAUUUGGAUGAUUUGGGUAAAAAUGUUGACUAUGCUUGUAGCCAUUCUGAUUGUACAGCACUUGGAUAUGGCUGUAGUUGUAGUAAUCUAAAUGUUCAAGGGAAUGCUUCAUAUGCUUUCAAUAUGUAUUAUCAAGUUAAUGACCAGAUGGAUUGGGACUGUGAUUUCUCUGGUUUGGCUAUGGUUACACAUGAGGAUCCUUCAGAGAAUGGCUGCAAUUUCCCUUUGAUGGUCGCUAGUGGUUCGCGUGCAGGGCUUUCCAAGAUCCUGAUGAAAGCAAUGGAGGUAUAUUUUUUUGCUAUGCUUUUGCUAUAACUGAAAGAUUAAGCAAGACAUGGAAUAUUGGAAAGUUUGUUGUGACAUAUUCACUUUUUUGUUAGGAAUCCUGGGGUAACAACUAUAUAGUUUUAGACACUUUCCUGGUGAUUUUUUCUUCUUCAGUAUAUGUCACUUUAUCUAGUCAAGGAAUGAUCAGUUGACUGCAGCAUUUAAUGCAACUAUUAGCUUCUAUGAUCAAAUAUACCAUACAUAUCACCUUCACUUAAUCAAU